AAACAGUUUAAUAAUAAUACUGCAAAACAACAAGAUGAGCAACGUAGUUGAAGAAAUAUCAGGACUCUUCGGAUGUCAUAUUACUGUCAAGAACCAUAUGGAUGGAAAGACUCCGUCAUCCGAACAAGUUGAAAGAUUUUCCAAAUUAUGUAGAGAAGAAUUAAAAUGUAAACCAGUGUUGGUCUUGUAUCCUUCUGAAGAUAAUUAUCCAGUUGAAUCCAUCAGAAAUAGACCACAAGAAUUAAUGUCAUCUUCCUAUCAUAGUGGUAAGAAAUCUGAUGUUUUGAAACACAUUCUUGGUAUGGCUGAUACUAUCAAAAAUAAUGGUUUUGAAUUGUUAAGAGUUAAAUUGGAAGCUAUGGCUAAUUGUAAGAAUAUUGAAAAGAAUUUAAGCUCUGAUUCUUCAAGUGGUAAUGAUAUGAAAUAUUUUGAAUAUCAUACCAAGAUUUAUUUGAGAGGUCAAGAUAGAGUUGCUCAAUUGGCCCAUUUGGAUAGUUUGUUAAUCAAGGAAGAAGUUGCUAGAAGCCAAAAUUUACUUGGUAAACAUUAUGAUAUUUGUGGACAUUUGCUCACUUUCAGAUGGUUUAGCCCAACUCCAAAGGAAGAAUGUGAUACCUUUCACAAGGAAUUUUUGGCCAAACUAAAAACUCAUUUUGAAAAUGGAGGUGGUGAAAUUGAAAUUGCUGAAAGUGAAAAGGAAUUUGCUGUCUAUGAUUCAAAUAUUUUGGUCGAUCAAGGAUGGGUCAGGAUUUCUCCAUAGACUAUUAAUUCCAUAGACUGCAAUUACCCUGAAACCAAUAAUACUACCAAUACUAUGGAAAUUCCAAUCAAUGGACCAAUUCAACCAUUAGAAAGCACAGAGGAUUAAUCCAACCAAUAUUAUGUACCAUUAUCAAAUGAUUCCAAGAAAAUUUACUUCUUGAUUUGUCCCACUAAUUAAUAAAUUUGUAUUAAUUUAU